GGUAACAAAGGCAUGUCCAGUCUUACUGGCAAAAAUAUACGAAUAGGAGUAAUAAUACCAUGUGGAAUUUACUGGUUAAAGAUUUUUAAACUGUCAGACAAGACACUGAAUAUAUUAUCAUUGUUAAAAGUUGUUUCAAAUUGUUAACAUGGUUCGAAAGAAACGAGAAUUUGAGCAAAGUAAAGAGGAACGUAUGGUUAUGACUAUAGGGGAGAUUAUCCAGGAACUUUUGAAAGCACAUCAAGCAAACAGAGAUGUUGAUUUAAAUAAAUUAAAAACUAAAAUUGCUUCCAAGUAUGGCUUAGAAUCCUCACCUAGAUUAGUUGAUAUCAUAUCAGCUGUACCUAGUGAUGCAAGAAGUAUACUGGUACCAAAAUUAAAAGCAAAACCUAUUAGGACUGCUAGUGGAAUAGCUGUUGUGGCUGUAAUGUGCAAGCCACAUAGAUGCCCUCACAUCAAUAUGACAGGGAAUGUUUGUGUAUAUUGUCCUGGUGGACCUGACUCUGAUUUUGAAUAUUCUACUCAAUCUUAUACUGGUUAUGAACCAACAUCAAUGAGAGCCAUACGUGCAAGGUACAAUCCAUUUCUACAAACCAGACAUCGUGUUGAACAGUUGAAGCAAUUAGGACACAGUGUAGACAAAAUUGAAUUUAUUGUUAUGGGAGGAACCUUCAUGGCUUUGCCAGAAGAUUACAGAGACUAUUUCAUUCGAAAUUUACACGACGCAUUGUCUGGCCAUGUCAGCAGCAAUGUUGAUGAAGCGGUAAAAUAUUCCGAACGAAGUCGAACGAAAUGUAUUGGAAUCACUAUAGAAACUAGACCUGACUAUUGUCUUAAAAAGCACCUAUCCGAUAUGUUACGUUACGGGUGUACCCGUUUAGAAGUUGGAGUACAGUCGGUAUACGAAGAUGUGGCACGAGAUACUAACAGAGGACAUACUGUUCGCGCAGUAUGCGAGAGCUUCCAAUUAUCAAAGGAUGCUGGUUUCAAAGUAAUAGCACACAUGAUGCCUGAUUUACCAAAUGUUGAUAUUGAAAGAGAUGUUAAUCAAUUUAUUGAAUUUUUUGAAAAUCCUGCUUUCAGAGCAGACGGAUUAAAAAUUUAUCCUACUCUCGUUAUACGAGGUACGGGUUUGUACGAAUUAUGGAAAACUGGAAGGUAUAAAAGUUAUUCACCAAGUGUAUUGGUGGAUCUUAUAGCGCGAAUUUUGGCUCUGAUACCACCUUGGACUCGUGUAUAUCGUGUACAAAGAGAUAUACCUAUGCCUUUAGUCAGCUCGGGUGUAGAACAUGGAAAUUUGCGUGAAUUAGCAUUGGCAAGAAUGAAAGACUUGGGAACUGAUUGUCGAGAUGUUAGAACUCGUGAAGUGGGAAUCCAAGAAAUACACCAUAAAAUACAACCUUACGAAGUGGAACUUAUACGUCGCGAUUAUGUUGCUAAUUGUGGAUGGGAAACAUUUUUGUCGUACGAAGAUCCAACGCAAGAUAUUUUAGUUGGAUUAUUGAGAUUGAGGAAAUGUUCCAAUGAGACGUUUAGACCAGAACUUAAAGAUAGAUGCUCGAUAGUGAGAGAACUUCACGUUUAUGGCAGCGUCGUUCCUGUAAAUGCCCGUGAUCCUACAAAGUUUCAGCAUCAAGGCUUUGGAAUGUUAUUAAUGGAAGAAGCUGAACGGAUAGCCAGAGAAGAACAUCAAUCACACAAAAUAGCUGUUAUAUCAGGCGUUGGAACAAGAAACUAUUACAGAAAAAUGGGUUACGAAUUGGAUGGUCCAUAUAUGUCCAAAAUGCUUAUAGAUUGCAAAUAAAUGCCUACUAGUUCAUGUAAUAAAAACAGUGUAAUUAUUUUCUCAACUUCUAUCUAAGGAAACGAAAUCUGUAAUUACAUUUAAAUUAAAGUCUUGUACAAGUGUUUUA